AUGACCCCAAUUUUUGAUGAGAUUCGUGAAUAUGACACGAAAGAACUUAUUGAGUAUUUGCAGACUGAGGAAUUAAUGCUUAAUGAGAAACAUUUUGAAAUUAUUAGAAAGGCGGAAAUCACUGGUGAAGAUUUCUUAAUAAUUACUGAAGAAGAACUUCGCAAUGUUGGUUUUAGCGUUGGACCUGCAGAACGACUUGCCGAUUUUGCUAAGGAGUGCAUUGUACGGAAAAGGCAGAAAUUUUCAUCAAUUAAAUCUUUGAGAGAUGUCUUAAUAGACUAUGACAUUGAUUCUGAUAAGAUUUCUAAGAUUCCAUCAUUUAAACCACAAACGCACGAAAUUCAAGAUAAUGAUGAGUAUUUUCAAGACUGUAUCAAUAAUAUUUUAAUCAGAAUUAAAAACUAUGGAACUUUGUGCCCAUUUGCUAAUGAAAAGAUUCGAAGGGAGUAUGUAUCAACAAUCCUUCACACAGCUCUCCGAAUCGCCGAAGCUAAUACGAAUAGCACUUUUAAAAUGGCUGUCGAAUUUGAAGUCGAUGGAAAAAGAUAUUAUGGACCGACUGAUUAUGCCAUAAUAGGAUCUAAAUCCGAAAAUCUCAUAUGCAUUACAGAAGACAAGAUAGAUAAAUCAUUUCAAGAAGGUUUUGCUCAGAAUAUCAGACAGCUUGAAAGCUCACAUGAUGUUAAUAAAAAAAAACGAAAACGGAAUGAUGAAAACGAAGACUUUGAUUAUCUUUAUGGUAUCGUUACUUCCGAAUGGUAUUUUUUACUUCAUAACCCAGGACAGAUCUCGCUAAGCAAUCUAACCCCUUUUAUUAUUGAAUAUCCCCAAAAAGCUUGGAAUAAGGAAUCGAAUGAAUAUGGAAUUUUGUGCAAAAAUGUGAAAAAGGUUUUAAGUAUAAUUGUUGGCUUGUUGGUAGAUAAAGUAACUGAUACUGAACCUGAAGCCAAAAGAAUGAGAGUAGAACAAUUUCGAUCGAAUGGCGAUUAG